AUUACAAAGCAGCUGGCUCAUAUUUUGGAUUUUACUCUCACAUUUGAUGAGCUAAAGAUGAAUAAUCCACAAAUUCAAAAUGAUUUCAGUUAUUAUAGAAGAACUUUGAAUAGACGGAAAAUGGAGGAUGUAACUAUGGGUAUAGCUGGAGGCUCAGAUCAACUUGAUCUCCCUGAUGACGUAGCUAAUAGGAUGUCCUUGUUUUAUGCUAAUCCUACUCCAAUAUUACAUGGGCUAGCUGGAGCUACCUCACGUCUUCUAGAUGAGAAUCCUAACAUUACCCUAGAUCACAUGACAGAGUGUCUUAGUACGAUGGCAUCAGUCUGUAGAGUGAUCAAUGAGAACCCUACUUACAAAUCAAGGUUUCAAAACGAGGAGACGGUCAUUUUCACUUUACGAGUAAUGACAGGGGCAAUCAUCUUGUACGAUCAUGUCCACCCUGUGGGAGCCUUUACUAAGAAGGCACCAAUAGAUAUGAAAGCAUCAAUUAAAAUAAUUAGGGAACAUCCAAAAUGCGCUGAAGGGUUAAUAAAUGCGUUAAAGUAUAAUACUAAGCAUUUCAAUGAUGAGGCCACACCCAAAGCCACGAAAUCCUUGCUAUCUUAA